UGGCGGUGGAGCGUUUGACGUCUCCGGGGCCAAUGCUCGAAGACCCGCCGCUGCCUGCGGACUGGGCGACAGCAGUAGACCCGCACACUGGCGCCACGUACUACUACUCGGCCGAGCUGCAGCGGAGCUCAUGGGUGAGGCCGGCGCCCCGCCCGGCAACCACGCCGGCGGAGCUGCGCGCGGCGGCAGUCCACGCGGCAGCGGCGCGCUCGCACGAGCGCCACGCGCGAGCGGACGCGCGCGAGUCUGUGCUCGCAAAGGUCCGAGCCAAGCAGCACGUCGCUCCGGAGGAGAGGAAGGAGUGGCUGCAGGCGCAGCAGCGGACCGAGGCAAUCGAGCGCGGGUCGGCCAACGCCGAGUCGUUUGGGGCGAUUAUCUGCCAAGCGAUGGAGCGGCCUGUAGCGCCGCUGAGCGCCUUCGCCUUUGACGAGUCUGCGCUCAAGCCGCGGACGGCAGAGCCGACGGCGGCAGAAACGAGGACGACGAGGACUGCCCGCGCCGGCGCUCGCGCCUGGUUUGCCCUCCGCCUUUGCGCCGCGCCGUCGCGCCACGCCGGCGUCGUCGGCGGCGCGACGCACGCCCGAGCGGCGGACACGCCUCGAGCCGGCCUUUGACGCGGCGAGAGGCGCCGGCGGCCCGGCGUCAAGCAGGGCGGAGCAAGGCAGGGUGGCGCCAGGCAGGGCGGCGUCAAGCAGGGCGGAGCAAGGCAGGGUGGCGCCAGGUAGGGCGGAGGGAGCUAGGGCGGAGCGAGGCCGGGCGGAGCAAGGCAGGGCGGCGCCGGGUGAGGCGGCGCGGGGAAGGGUGGUGGGUCCCGGUGGGCUAGGUGACGUCCAGAGGGGGGCGGCCGCGACACGGAUCCAGCGCUCUGCGCGCGGUGCGGCUGCACGGAGGGAGGUGCGGUGGCGUUCGGCGGUCGCCGAGCGCGAAGCCGCCUACCGUGAGGCGUCGGACGGCGGCGCCGAAUCCCUCAGCCUCCUCGCGACCGCCUCUUCUCUCCUCGCCUCCAGCAGCGCCGGACACGCUGACCAAGGCAAGCUGCAAUCGCGUGGCAGAGCCGCCGGCGAGCACAGGGCACCGACCGGGCCACGCGGCGGCCGAGUCCACGGGAGCGUUCCGGCUGGCUCUGCUCUGGCGGGCGCAUCCGCGCGCCGCCCCUCGACGCCGAGGGCAAAGGUGGCGGGCGUCGCGGCACGCCCGGCUGGCCGCGCCGGCCGCGCCGCCAGCCGGCCAAGCCCACCGCCGACGCCUGCUACAGAGACCGCCCCGGCAGCGCAGCGCGGCGGCGAGGCGUCGGCAGCGUUGGCGAGCCGCGCCGCACUGCAGCGGGCGAUGCUCGCCACCGCUUUCGCGGCCGAGUGCCGCCCCGGAUCCGAUGUCGUCCCGCUGCGCGCCCUCGAGCGCAUCCUGCGGCGAGCUCAGGUGCCUGGCGCGGGCUCGCUGCCGACGCCGGGCGACGAGCUUGGCCACCUGGAGAUGAGCUUCUGCGAGGUGGUCGAGGCGGCGCACCGCAUGCGCGCCCGCCACUCCGCCGGCGCCACCACCAGCGCCACCGCUACCUCUGACCGGGUCAUACAUGCACAUGAACCGCCCCGCGCCCCGCUCUCCGUCGAAAUCCGCGCCAGCCUCGCGCGUGCCUUUGCGGAGUUCGACGACAGCGCUUUCGGGGCGAUCG